AUGAAUUGGAAUAAAGGAGCUACAAGUAUUGAAGCUGAUGGAAUUGCAGAUGGAUUUAAAAAAAGUAUCGAGUUGCAUGGAGUUAAAUUUUCUAAAUUGAUCGGCGAUGGAGACAGUAGUGUUAUAAAACGAUUAAAUGAGAUACUUCCAAAUGGACCGUCAUUGAGAGUGCGAAAAAUUGAAUGUAGGAAUCAUUUGUUAAGGAAUUAUUCGAAAAAAAUGGUAGCAUUGAGUAAAAGAACAGACUUUCCAAUCGAAAUUAGAAAAAAUAUACAGAACAACAUUAUAAGGCUAAGAACUGACAUCUGA